UUUUUUUUUUUGCUUGUAAGAGAACAUGGCUACAAGUGUCAUCAUACCUGUGAAAAUCAUCACUUUUAUUAACAAACAAACAAGAACAUUGCCAGCAAUAAUUGUUCUUUUUUGAGUUAGAAACCACAGACCUUCGAUGCCAUCAAGAUGCUCCACAGACUGUGAGAGGGUGAUCUUGCGCCUGUGUUUUUUCAGUGCACAUCACUAAGCUUUUCUCAUAAAUGCACCUCAGGUCCUCAGCAACACAUCCUUAAGGUUGCAGGACCAGAUUUUGCAUCUUAAGGCAACACCCACUUCAUCAUCAUAAUAACUUUAUUUAACCGGGAAAAUGAUUGACUGAGAUUUCACAGGAGUGUCUUGGCCAAGACAGCCACAACUCCUACUUCACAUAUAACACAGACUGAUAACAAUGUAGCAAAGGAAUAAUUAAGGAUAAACAAAUCCAAUGUGAUGAGAUGGUUAAUGCAAGAGAGGUAAAAUAAUGUCAGUUGAUAUACCAUUACAAGGAACAACGCAAAUACAUGCAAUGAAUAUAUGAAAAUUUCAAGUUAAUUUAGUGUUUUAUGGUUUUUGAGAGUUAUUCUUAAAGGACUGUAGUCAACAAUUGAAAAAGGUAAAUGGGAAAACUUUCAUCAGCUUUUCAUUUAGCCGUUUGACACUAAAAUGUAUUCAUUGAAUUGGCAUACAUACCAAAUGUGGAGAUCUCCAUAUGUGCAGGCUCAAUUUGUGCAUGUAUUUCCAAUGCAGCCAUACAUUUUAAGAUACUAUACAAACAUCAUGACAAAAAUUGAAAUGAUAUCAGUCAUUAUAGUGUAAAAAUGGUUGAUUGAAAAAAAAUCUAGUUUAACCAGAAUAAUGGUGGUAUGACAACAGAACAGCUAUUUAGAUUUAACAGUAUAAAGUUUUAACUGCAUUUUAACAACAGUUGAGAUGAGGAACCUGAACUUGAAAAACACAAUUUAAUAGCCUUUAGACACAGUAGGUCUUAUUGAUAUUACCAUUUGAAAUGAAAUAAAUUGAGUAAAUGUUACAAAAGGCUGAUGAAGCCGAAUGUUAUUUACCGUUAGUUUUGUGUUAGUAUUACUGGGGUUUUUUUAGUUAUUAUUAUUAUUAUUCAUAUUCUGCGCAUGGCAACUUUUUUAAGUUUCGAUUCCAGCAAAGCGAAGCGACGCCGCGAACCGAAACCUGUAAAACGAAAGCGAUCCGGUGAAGCUGCCGAUGCGAGGCCAACGCGACCAGGCGACUUCUGUGAAAUCCACCAAAACGCUGGACGCCUGUCCUCACACUAAACUGAAGCUGGUCGCCGGACGCAGUGAGGAGUGACUUCUGCCCUUAUGGCUGCAGGGAUCUCUGGGCUCCUUUCCAAGUGCCGCGCAAGGGACCUCCGAUGGGGAAUAAGAGGCCUCACCAACUACCAUCUGUCCUGCUGUGUCAACACUGUACUGCAGACCCUCUCUGCUACCUGGGAAGUAGGAGACCUGCUAGAAAGGUGGGAAGCCGCAGGUGUGAGAGCAGGCAGCCAUAAUGUCCCUCUACAGUUAAAGAGAGUUCUUGCAGCCAUGAGGAGCGACCUUCUUGAGCAUGUUCCCCAUCAAGACUUCCUCCACUGUCUGGACAGAAACUGCGUUCGACUUAGUAGGCAGCACGAUGCGGAUGAGGUGUUCCUCACCAUCCUGAACCUCAUGCAACAGCAGAUGGAUGACAAAGCACUGGCCCUUGAAAUCCAGAAUCUGUACAAGAUUUCCGUGGAGACGCACCUGCAGUGUUUAGAGUGCUCCUCUGUCCAGACUCAGACCAGCUACCUCCUCAGCCUGCAUCUACAUAUAAAGGAAGAUCACAACUCUCUGGAAGGCUGCAUAUCCUCCUUCUUGGAGGACCAGGAGCUAAGGGGCAUAAAUUGCUGCUUUUGUGCACAAUGUGGAAUCAAGACUCCAUCUAAACAGGGUUUCAAACUGCUCUCUUUGCCUCGUAUCUUGUGCGUGCACCUGAAACGGUUUCGAAAUAUCCGUGGUGACACCCGAAAGCUUGAUUGCAUGGUUACCUUUCCAGAAACCUUUGACUUCUCUGGGAUUGUUAAAGAUGCAUUCUCCACAGACUUUGUCCAGGAUGAGUGCAAGUACACUUUGUAUGCAGUGGCAGUGCACUCCGGUUAUGCAAUGUGUGGGCAUUAUAGUGCCUACGUUCGUCACAGGGUGAACCAGCACUGGUACUAUGCAGAUGACAGCCACAUACAGCAGGCCUCCUGGAAAGAAGUCCAGAAAACAUAUGGAAAAUGUUACAAAAACACGGCAUACAUGUUAAUGUACAGAAGAGGUUCAAAGGAGGAGGGACAACAACCUGAUUUAUCUGGCUGAGCGUAUGGAUGAAUGAAUUUAAUGAAUGAAUUAAUUAAUCUGGGGACAAGGUGCAAUACAGGAUCAACAUGGAAACCAUAAGAAUUUAAGGAAUUUAAACACUUGUUUUCUUGAAAUAUUUUAUUGCAAUUUUUGAUUUUAUUGUUCAUGGGGAAAGGUUUUAUAUGUAAUUUUUUUUCUGACCUCAUUGAGUUCAUAGAGAUUUAGUAUGUAUACUUUACAGCAGCACAGUAAUUUCUGCCCAACAACAGUAGGUGGCAUUCAAGACUCAAAACACUGAAGGGUUUUCCACUCUCAGACCACACACAAUGUGACAGGCUCAGUGAUACUGGGGGGUUGGUUUGAGGAGAAUGCUUAGCUUGGAUAUUCACUGUUAGGGGGGAAAUACCUGCAAUGGGACUCAGUGUUCAUUUUCCUGACACUGCUGUAUAAUAUAUGAGUCACUCAUGAAGAACAAUGAAGUCAUUUUUUUCUCAUUUGGACUGCCAAAAACGUCAACAACAAAAAAAUAAUUCUUUCAUCAUCUCACUUUGAGCCAACACCUGCACAUCUCCCACCACCUGAGCUCAGAAUGUAUUCACUUGUGUUCUGAAUGUAUUUGUUUUUAGAAUGCAUUGAGGAGACCAUCUUACAAUGAAAGGAGGUUAAAUGUUGCAGUUGUAGCCACAGAGCUUGAGUGCUCAGUAUAGGCUGUCAGCAGAGUCUCUAAAGUUCCCACUCACUUGGCCAAGAGUCGGGGGACCGUGUGAAAUGGUGCCUAUUUGCUGCAGAGCUCUGACAGAAUGGAACAUGUCUGCACAGUGCCACAGGCAGCAGGCCUCAUGCUUAGUCAUCUCGCUACCAUGAGGCACAGGCGCAGCUUUCUGCAUAGGGGUAUCUUCCGUGUACAUUCAGACCAAAGACUAGGGCAAGAUAUUUGCAUUAUGUGUCUAGACUUGAGUCACUGUCACAGAUAUAAUAGGUGUUUUGCCUUGGAUUUGUGAAAUGAGAUUGAAUCUUUUCCUCUGACUAGUGCAAGUUAGAAGGUGACAAUGGAAAAAGUCAUAAUAAUAAAGACUUAACAUAUACUGAGAGGAAAUUUGCAUUUUUUUUUUACAUAAUAACAAAUGUUAACAACAUUGGGUACUUGGAUGGAUUUACAAGCCAUAUUGUUCAUUGAUAUUGUCUGUUACCAGUCAUGAAGGUACGCAGAUAAUUCACUUAAAGCAGCUAUAAUGAAAUUUUUUUUUUAUUAAUGCAUCAAAUGACUACGUGUAAUGUGAAAGGGGUGGCUCUUAGUGAUAAACCCACAGAGAAUAAUCAUCCAACUCUGCAGUGCCCUUCAACUCUACAAAGAUUUUUAGCAUCUUACAGCUCAUAGUUUUGGUUUUCUGGUUUCUUCUUUA